AUAUAAUGUAGAUUUAACGACGUGUUGCUAAUCUCACGGCUCAGUGUAACAGUGCUUGUGAAGGUGUGCCUGUAUAAUGCUUCACGCAGCCAUUAUUAAUUUCCUACUUGCAAUACACGUCCAUAUAAGUGUACAAUGCCCAAUAGACGACCUGACAGACGCGAAAGCGGCCUACAAGUCCGGCGAGGUGCAACAGUCAACUUACCCCAUCACGCUGGACAAGAUCAAGGAGAAGAUGCGCGACGCGGGCAUCUUCGACUGGCAAGACCGCGGUCUUACCGACAGGGAGCGGAAGGAGCUUAGUAAACUGAUGGACGCCGUUGAAAUUAUGACAACAUCACGCAACCGUCAGCCGCAGAACGUACAAAACAUGUUCUCAUCACUGCGCAUGGUCGAACGGGUCGUGAAGAAACAACUCAAAGAGGGACAGAUCUCGGAGACUUUGGCAGCCAAGUUCAAUUGGGACAAGAUAUCAACGCGUCAGAAACGAGGCAAGCCGAUAUACUAUUUAGACAAAACGACCAACAUGAGAAUGUUUAAUAUUGAUUAAUUUUGUGUAUAAAGUGAUUUUUCAUUAAGUUUUAUUAAUAAAAUUAUAUAAGACGGG